CGCACGGAGCCGGGUGGGGUGGACGGGUGUGGGGCGUUGCCACGCGGGGCUCCCACCAUAGCAACCGCUUCCUCCUCCGGGCACGGCGGCCGUGACGUCGGCAGCGUUUCCGCCCGGCUCGCGCCCUCGCCGCUUCCCUUCCUGCUGCCGGAGCCCGCGCCGCGCCCAGCAUCCGAGGGGAGCAGCUGCUGCCGCACCGCGCUCUGCCGACACCAUGGCAUCUGGAGUACAAGUUGCCGAUGAGGUAUGCCGUAUCUUCUAUGAUAUGAAAGUGCGGAAGUGCUCUACACCUGAGGAAAUUAAGAAAAGGAAGAAGGCUGUCAUCUUCUGCCUCAGUCCAGACAAAAAGUGCAUUAUUGUGGAAGAAGGCAAAGAGAUUCUGGUGGGAGAUGUCGGUGUGACAGUUACCGACCCUUUCAAGCAUUUUGUGCAGAUGCUUCCUGAGAAGGAUUGCCGUUAUGCUUUGUAUGAUGCAAGCUUUGAGACCAAGGAAUCCAAAAAAGAAGAGCUGAUGUUUUUCUUGUGGGCACCAGAACAAGCACCUCUCAAAAGUAAGAUGAUCUACGCAAGCUCCAAGGAUGCAAUCAAAAAGAAGUUUCAAGGCAUAAAGCACGAAUGCCAAGCAAAUGGGCCAGAGGACCUCAACCGAGCUUGCAUUGCUGAGAAGCUAGGAGGCUCCCUAGUCGUAGCUUUUGAAGGAAGUCCCGUGUAGAUGUCAUACAGUGCCACAACUCUACAAGCAUUCCAUGUUUUAAUAUAUCAGUUAUGUAAAGCAACCAUUCUAGGCAAGGGUUUCACUAACUGUAGGGAAGCUGUCUUGUAGAAUAAAGUAGAUUUUGGAGAUGUAGCUCGUAUGUACAAAUGACCCUAAAUAAAUCGAAUCUAAGGAUUUA